AUGAAGACUACUAUCCUCCUCACCACUGUCGCCUCCCUCAUAAGCGCUACCUCAGCGGUCAGACUCGUUUGCUGGGGUCAUAGGGGCUCUUCCAACGUUGGAAAAGGCGGUAUUGAGUGGGCUCUCAGGAACCGCGCAACUGAUCUGGGUAUCCCUGGUGGAACGCAGUUCAAGUGGACCUGGGUAGACUGCCCCAAUGAGCCUUUGGCUGUGCUCAAUUUGGCAUCCGUGCUAACAUUGAAGGUAGUUACUAAGCAGUCGAGUACCGUUAGAUUGGCUAAUGGCAUUGUUGAUUGCAGCACCCAAGUUCCUGCGACCUGCUAG